AAAAAACUUCAGUCCUCUUUGAAUGUAACUGAACGCAAGGUUGCAAGGCUUUCCGCAAAAUCCGCGCCAUAGAGUAGUAAAAACGCGCCAAAUCCGCAAAAAACGCGAAAUCCACGCCGACUGUAACAACCCUGGACAUGUGCACGCUGUUAGCACAAAUCUAAAUGUGCCUGAAUUCCAGGCCUCUCACCCUAAUCCCGAACGAUCCAUCGGACCUGGAAGUUUUAACUCCAGGACAUUUUUUAAUCGGAGCCAAUCUCCAAGCCGUGCCAGAACCCAAUGUUCGAGAUGUUCCGGACAAUCGCCUGUCGCAUUGGGAAACCACUCAAAAACGGUUCCAACGGAUUUGGGCCAGAUGGUAUCCCGAAUAUCUCCAACAGCUACAAUCACGGGCUACUAAGGGCUGCAAGCAACCAGUAGUCAUCAAACCGGGCAGAAUUGUUAUUAUCAAGGACGACAAUCUGCCACCAAUCCAAUGGCCGCUAGGACGAAUCCUGAAGACGCAUCCGGGCAAGGAUGGCGUAACCCGCGUUGUCACCCUCAAAACUGCGACAUCCGAUGCCGUCAUCAGACCCGUCGCCAAAAUAGCUUUGCUGCCAGUUCCAGAUGAAUCACCAGUUCCUGAUGGCGAAAUGGACCUGGUAGAGCACGCCAAAUGAUGCUCGAUGCCUUCGUGGUAAUUAAGCAGGUAAUUGCGGUUCCAAUCCCUUACCUGUACCCGUUCAAUCUACCUUGGUCUUUUUCUUCCCAGUCGUCGACGAGCAACGUCAGAGUGAUCACGCCUUACUGAUUGCUACUGCUGCGAUGAAACAGUAGUACCGCGAUAGUAAACAACCCGAAGCUAUUCACCUCUAUCAUUGAAUGGACACGACAGCAGAAGACAUGUACAUAUUGUAUAUAGUUUCGAACCAACCAACAGUUAGUUCAAGGUGGCCGGAAUGUUUAAAAUGCAUAUAUAAUAGUAGUCACUUAAAGCUAAAUAUCAAAUCUAGAAUUAGUUAAACUAAAUCCUAAUCUAAACCUAAACCGAAAUUCUUAAAUUUAUCAUAAUUACUUACGCUACAGUAUAACUAAAAUUAAUUAAAUGAAUCACCCUAAAGAUACGAUACGAUUAUAACGAAACACAUCUAAAAUUCAUCCAGUGAUAAGAGAGCGAGAGUAAGAAUUAAUUAAAACUCUCGAAACACGAUCGCAUUGUCAUACGA